AUGGUCGCUGCUUGGGUUGCAGUGCAGUAUCAUGAGCUUGAGCAGUCUUUUUAUCUUUAUUUCUGCCAUGCACCUCCGCUGUACAUUUUUGUUUGUGCGUCCCUUCACAUGCUCUGCUCCUGUUUUUACUUCUUUGCUUCGUGUGUCCGCAGGCACACACAACCACACGCACGCACAAAAUGCAGAUUUCAUUCGAUUUGGAUGCUUCUUUUGUGGCGUGUGCUGACGGUUGCGUGUGGCUGCUGCUUCCUCCGUGGGCAUGAAGGGAAGGAAGGAGGAAGUGAGUGCCCACCGCGAGUCACGCUUAAUGCGGGUGUGAUGCGCGCGGCGGAUGUGUCGUGUGCUCCGAGUGACGGCGGCCCGAGCUAUCGCGUGCGUGUGUGGAGGAAUUGUUCUGCUGCCAGUGCUGAGGCUCAGCAUGAGAAUUACACUUUCAGUGGCUUUGAUGUGCGCAUGCAUGGCAGGAAUGGUGAGCUGUGUGCUGUGUGCCAUGUGGCCAAUGCGGUGCACACAUGUAGCAACUGUGCUGCCAGCUGUGCAAGGAAAGAGGAAGGGGCCACCGUUGCCUUCACGAUGAAUGUGACGACACAUAAAUACGCCGGCCCUUAUGAAUUGUGGUGGCGUCAAUUUCCCCGAUGGAACCAUCCAUUCGCCUGCACGGAGCGGCGAUGCUGA